AUGGCAAAAGAGCAUCUCGACCCACAGUCUUACACAGCUCAAAGACUGGAACAUGCCUCCCCUGAACAUCUGCAUCUCACGACCCGAAGAUUCUUCAUCGGCCCGAUUCCAGAAGGCUGGCUGAACAGCAACCGGAAAUCAUGGUACAGGAAACGCCUGAAACAAAGAGAGCACAAGUCUCGUACCGCAUCAUUCACCGCUGUCGCUGACAACGCGCACCGUCGUGCUCUUCCCAGUCUCGAAGGGCCAUCGGCUGCCGCUAGAUAUGCCUUCAGCUUUCCACAACCAGCGGACGUCGCAGAUGAGGGAUUGCGGGGGAGCUCAGCAGCCGCAUCUGACGAGGACGAUUUUCUGCAGGAUGAGGAGGAAGAAGAAGAAGAUGGAGAAGAAACAAGUCCUCAGGAGAUAGCACCAGUCUCGACAAACGAAAUACCUCAGAUUUUGGGGAUAGCAGACGAAGAUGAUCCACGAGCCCCUAAAAUGCUGUCAGUCCCUUCUGAUAUCGGCUUCACACCAUUUGGCGCAUCUGGCGGUGAGCGCGAUGAGGCGUCCGGAUUGAUAUCUGGCAAAUCUCCAGCACAAGCCUCAUUCGUCACUGCAAGGGAGAGAAACACCGGAGAGACUAUGUCUACAACGAAUGAAGAGAAUGUGGACGCAUCUCCGUUGUCACGAGGCGCGUCGAAUUUGAGUCCGGAGAGCACUAUGGACAAUCGGCCGUCAAUUUCUAAUUUGGGCGGUUCACAGCCCGAGUCGAGCAACCUCAAUGAGGCUUGUUCGACUGACCCUGAUCAAUCUGGCUCGACCACAGCAUUGCUGCCAAGGAAGGACCGAGAGGAGAAGUUGACUCUUUCUGUUGCAUCUCCACGAUCUCUCCUGAUGCGCAGCCCUGCUCCUGUUAAUGACAGUGAGUUUGAACCCGCGAGCCAAGUGAGGACAGCUACUGGAGUGCGUUUCAACAUAGCCGAGGGGAUGGUGAAUGGCCAAGAAAGGCUGAAAAACAAGAUAUCCAGUGUGCAGACAAGAGCUGCCUCGGCAAAGUUUCGAAGAAACACUCUCCAAGAAGGCGCCGUUGUGAAAAUGGGGAAAAUGCUCGUCAGAGUUGAUGUCACGAUGCAGCCAGUGUCGGAAGAGUACGACGAAAACGAUAGCUUGAAAGUCGAGACCCGAGCCCACGAAAAGUGGAGGGAGUUUAUGGUUGUGAUACGCCAGAGCAGGAAGGAUGAAGCAGACUUCAGGUUGCAAAUGUAUACCAGCCGUGUUAUCCCAGAGGUCGAGAAUGAUAAAGUCAAGAAAAAGCCACAUCACGAGGUUUUGCUGAACCCGAAGUCAACCAGAGUCAAUCUCUUCUCGUCGUUGGAUAAGACCGUAGUCAUCUGGCAUCCAUAUAAGAAAGGUACUCGAAUUAUAAUCAUGCGCACCAGGUCUACCGCACACUCUGUCGAAUGGUACACGUUCCUGAAAGAGAAUCUUGGUUGGGCAAGACCUUCGGCAUUGCAGAUAAAUGUUCCCGACCUGAGUGUCAGUCUUCUCCUUGACAAGCCGUUUGAGGGUCUCGAGGCGGCGAGAAGAUCAUUUGAGAAUGCCAAUGACGAGGCUGCUUUAGCACGGACUAUGGAGGAAGAGCAAGCAGUUGCUGACAAAAUCGUCAAGAAAUGUCUGGACAUGCUGCAGAAUGGUUCUGAAUGGGCAGAUGUUCUUGAUGUGUGGUGCAAGACUGAAAAGAUGGGCCUAGCAUGGAAGCGAUAUGACAGGCUAGAGUGGAUUCACGGGCCGAAUCAGCAGAAAAUGUAUGGCUCCAUGGCAAUGCAGAAAUCCCAUGACCUCGAACUUCGACCUAAGAAGCAUUACCCAACUCACAGCUACGGCAAAAAAGGAAAACUUCAUCAAGAACCAGCUCCCGUGGAAGGGUUUCUGAUCAGAUUGACAACGCAAAGAGGCAUGCAGCAAAGGAUGGGCAGGACGUAUUUCAAGAGACUAUACUUCUCGACCCAUAACCAGUAUCUAAUCUUCAACAAACCUUCCAAGAUCACACCACCUCAUCCCCCGCGAUUGCCAACCAUUGCUGGGGCCAAUGUCCCAAGCGCCAGCGAGAUCAUCAAGCAAACGCCUACUAUGUACGAUAUCGAACCUUUUCCAACCGAUAAAGGGGAAAUAUCGUGGCUUAAAGUUGGCACUCCGGCCUCCGUCCAGGACUAUGACCGGAAAGCCGCGGAAGAAUGGCAACGCACUCUGGACAACCUGAGUCAGUGCGAUGGGUACGUUAAUCUUUGUCGAGUGGUCAAGGUUCGAAAGAUGCAAUGGGGAACGACACCUGGAGAUGAAGAUAUGGAAAGUGGCUCAGAUGUCGAUUUCCACCAAGAAGUACCAGAUACGACUCGAGAUGAUGGUACGACAAAGACUCUGGAUGAUCAUCGGACGUUUGAGCUUCUGAUGAACAACGGCCUCGUUAUUCGGCUACAAGCAUACGAUGAAGCGACAAUGGGGGAAUGGAUCCGAAGACUGCGCUUACUUGUCAAGUAUUGGAAGCUUCGAGUUGCCGCUGAUUCUGCGCUGUUCAAGAUUGUUCGAAAGUGCAACCUCGAAAACUUGAACAUUGAUGAGGAGAUGGAAGCAGUUAUUGGCCAAUUCGCACGGAAAUGGGAAGUGUCCCGUUCUGAGGCAUCACCACAACUCUACAAUAUGUGCGGCAUAUCUUCGUGUCGGUCAAUCCUCAUUUCUGGUCAGCUGUAUUACAGAGCACGGCGGCGCGCAUCGUUUUAUCGAUGUGGGGUGCUCCUGGCCAAUGGCGCUUUGCAUAUCUUCCAAGGCUCAAUUCGAAAGAGGACAGGGGAGGAGUUGCCACACAUUCAUCAGGAAAAACAAUCGUCUAUUCCCCUCCAAGACUGCUACAUCUACAGUGGCCUCAUCACGGAAGAUGACCUGCUCUAUUCGAACAGAACUUUUGACAGCAACAACCCUGGCAGACACGCCUUACCUAGAAUAUAUCUAGAAGAUGGCUGGACGUCAAUCGAUGAGGAUACCAUGACUUGCUUUGUUAUCUGGCGUGGAUUGAGGAAGUCGUUCUUCCGAGCUCGUGAAGAAAUGGAAGGUGGCGGGACACGACAGAAGUUGAGGCAGGUAUCGAGACUUGGAGUGCCUGGUCGAAGUAUCGUCUUUAAAUGCCGAAGCAGGGCCGAGAGAGAUCACUGGGUCAUGAGCAUAGGUAUGGAGAUUGAUCGCUUACAGCAAGGAGAAGAUGUUAGGCUAGAAGGCCAGAACUGA